GAAAAUGACACUUUCUGUGACAACAAAAAUCGGCCAUUGCAUUGCCAUUGAUGAGUGUUUUUGUUUGUAUUUAACACUUUUGUAUUAAUACAAAAUGCCUAAAAAUAUUACCAGUGAAGUGCGUGAGAUAAUUUUAAAGGUGAAAGAGUUUAUGGACGAGGAAAAGCGAAUGCAAGUGCCUAUAAUUCCUCUCAGUAAAGUGUACGUAAGAGUUUCUGCGGCCACUGGUGUAUCAGAACGUACAGUAUUGAACAUUGUAAAAGAAGCAAGACUGGUUGAGCAAGGUCUACUUGAUCCAGAGACAUUAAAGAAGUCCCCAAAGAAGAGAGUACGCACAAAAGGAAAAAUUGAAGUUGAUGAAUAUGAUUUACAAGUAAUUAGACGGAAAAUACAUGAAUUCUAUGCAUUCAAGAAAGAGGUGCCUACCAUUAAUAAGCUGUUGCAGAUCUUAAAAGAUGAAAUAAACUUCAAAGGUUCACGAGAAACAUUGCGUAAAAUACUCCGUAAAAAUGGUUUUCAAUUUAGAAAAACAAAAAAUAACAAAGAAAAAGAACCUGUACCUGAUUCGACAUCAACAGUUCCACCUAUGGUACCUCCAUACAUACACUCCAUGUUCAGUCAUAAAAAUAUUCAGUCUUAGUUUAGUACUCAAAAUAUCUGAAAACAUGUUAGAAUAAGUUAAUGACAUAAAAGAUUUAAAAUGAUUCUCACAUCUGACAAAAUAUUUUUGCUAUACAGAAAAUAUUUUAUCAAGUAAAGGUUUGUGAUAAAUCUUCAGAAGCUGAUAGUCUGCAAGUUUUUGUUAUUCUAAUUGUAUGCUGAUUACUUUAAUUAUACAGUAACAUAACAAUUGAUCAGCGUCUAAUUUACAAUGGUCAUAGAGCUGUUGUUCUUAUCUAUAAAUUUAAAUUCAUUUUAGAAUAAACUAUUUUAAUCUACUGACAUAAUGUUUACAAAUUGAAAUUUUCUGCUAAUUGGUGAUAACCACCUUUUUAAAAACUAGAACAUAAGUUUGACAAUCUUUAUUAUACAAAGAAUAUAAUUUUAUUAAUUUUUAAAUGUAUAUGCUCAGUCACAAGCCUUUGAUUGAUGCCUAUUAUAAAUUACAUCUUAAAGUUUGUAGUACAGACUAAUAAGUUCUGUGCCUGUAGUGUCGUAUUUGAAAAUCAAAAGUGUAAGGUGUAGUGACAAUUUACCAACCACAACUAAUUUUAACAUUCAAUAAGGUAGAUUACAGUACAUGCGGCAUGCUAGUCAUCCCAAUAAAUUAUUUUUUUCUGCUUUCAGUUGUUGUGAUUGUAACUUAUGUAACGUAAAACAAUAAAUAUAUUUAUGGUAGAAUAUACAAUGAGCACAUACAAUCCAAUAUUUUGAGUGGCUAUAGACUGACAAAUUGAUAUCAUAUAACUAGACAUAAUAAUAAGUAAUAAUAUGCAAUGCUGAUUAAAAUCUUAUAAUUAUAUUUACUUUCUUUGUUUAUUAUGAAAAAAAGAUAUUAUUAUGUGCAGCAUAUCUUUUUUUUAUUACCAGUGAAUUGAGGCCGUCAGCGCAAAAGUGGCCUAACCCACAUUUUUCAUAUUCGUACUGAUCUAUUGCAAUUUAUUCAAAACCUAAUAAAUUUUGUUGCUAAAGCGGCCUAUCCCAAGUUUCACCCUUAGUUAAGAGAUGGGGCGUUGUAAACAUUCUUUUUGCGCGCAUUAUUUUUGCCUACGAAGCAAUAUAAAAGUGGCCUAACCAAGUUUAGGCUCCAUACUAAUAUGUUAAGCUUAGGCCACUUUUGCGCUGACUGCCUCAAUUAAUGUUUUAAUAAUUUGAAUUUAUUCAUUGAAAGAUUAAUAAUUUCGCUCUUUCUCUCUCCAGUGAAAACGGACAGAAUUUAAAAUGUAUGAUAGGUAUAAUGACAAUUCACUUUUGGCUGCAAUGCGAAUGUUACACUUAAGUUUGUGUUUAAUAGUUACUAUUGUAUGCUUUGCUAGCCUUAAUUUACUUGUGUGUCAGCCUGGAUUGAUUUAAAAAACUUUUAAAUAUGAUUGAUAAAAUCAACAUUCUUAUUACAACAAGAGAGAUCUCGUCCUAGGAAAGUCGAUCCAUAAUACAUUGGUUUCGACGUAACCUCUUUUUACAAUCACAUUGACUGCUUUUUACUAUCACAUGCUGUUUACUAAAGUUUUAAUAUAAAAACUUCAUUUUAUCAUAGUAAUGUGACAAUAAAGUAAAACAUCACAAUAUGUACCUUAUUCAUAAAGUUUAAAUAUAAUAAGAUACGUCUACACAAUGGCUGCCUCCAAUGUGACAUGGCCAGACUCUGUAUUGGUCAGCGUUUGAGAUACACAACCGUUAUUUAGUCAUUUUUAACAAGGGAUUAAGUGACAAUACUAAAAACAACAAUACAUCAAAGUGUCCAUGUCCUAUUACUGUCCAUAAUGUAACUAUCUCAUUCUCACUGGUCACAUUUUAAGUUUUUAACCCCUGGUGCAAAAAGGGCUGUUAUAAGUUUGACCGCAGUGUGUCUGUUUGUUGGCACCGUUGCUCUUAAACGGGUGAACCGAUUUGGAUGUAGUCUUGUGUUUGAAAGCAGGUUUUCUAGUGGCGGUGGUUCUUAGACAUGUUUCAUCAAAAUCGGUACAGCCAUUUCAAUGUCGUCUCUUAGCUCUUUAGCGGUCAAACUAAUAAGGGAGCGAUUUUUUUAAUUAGUAGUUAUAACAUCUAUUCUUACUCAGCGGGGACCGCUGCCCAGCAGAUUCAAAACUUUUGUACGACUCACUGUUACCAUGACGUAAUAGUCUCCAAUGAGGUACCCUCUGUUCUUCUGUUUCUGUUGUUCGUCUGUUCUGUUUUCAUUUUCUUCUGUUCUUCGGUUCUGAAUGGCCUACCCUCAAAUGAUUUCCUAUUCUUCUUCACUUCACAUGUUUUGAACAGUGUAUUAUUAUUAAUUUUAUAUUAAGUGAAAUUAUUUAAUACUGAUCUAAUCUGUAUCAUCACACCAAUUAUUUAUUCAUUAUAAUUAAUAUCUUUGUUGUCCUAACAGAAAAAUUACCACACCCUUUUACUAACUCGGAAUUUAAGAAUGAAAUUGCAAGUUGGUUAAAAAAUUUACUUCUUCAUGACUUCAUCGGCGCGCCGAUGAAAAGCCAUUAUUUUCAUGGAAAUAUCGUGAAAAAAUCGUGAAUCUCUUAAUUCCAUAGAUAAGCAUCUUACUAAUGACAAGCGUGUGGUGGUUUGAAGUACAUAAGUGUAUUUGUGUGCUGUGUAAGUAAUUUUACUUGCUGCAGUCUCCACAAAGUGGAUUGUUUUUAAUUGUGACCUUUUAGUGACGAAAAUAAAUGUAUCCUACAUGUUUUAGUUUGUAAUAGUGUAGAAA